UCUACUUUCCUCUUUGCAUCAAAAACAAUAAUAUUAAUUCAGUGCCAAAAUGAAAAUUGUUUCAGUUGGCUGUGGUUCGUCGUACUAGUCAUUUUGGCUUAUCCUUUCAAGAUGGCAGCAUCUACAGGUGGAGAAAGCAUGGAAGAGAAGCCUACAGUUGAAAAUGCAUCCAAGCUGCCAAACAGUCUUCAACAAAGUGCUGAAAAACCUGAAGCUCCUAGAAAAACUGCUCCUGUUUUACUCAGAGCAUCACAGUUGGGAUCAUCAACUUCACCUGCAGCUACACCUGCGAGUAGUACAACUAACAACUCAAUCCCUUCUUUUGUGUUAAGUCCUGCCAAACUAAGCAACCCAUUUUGUAAAGCAGCCUUAGAUAAUGAUGACAGUAGCAGUACAUCAGAAACCACUACCUGCUCUGAAGCUAGUAAUAUUCCUUCACAAGAAUCAGAAAAGCAGGCAAAUUCUUCCAAGCAAUGUUCCGAGGUAUCCAAAGUGUCAUUUGUACCACUGGCCAGCUCAGACUGUUCCAGCUCACCGUGCAAGUCUCAGCCCCAGGCUCCCACUGGAGCUACUCCCACAGUUCCAACCUUCGUGUUCGGCCAGAAUCUCCACGAGCGAGUUGAGGUAUCAUCAGAAACUGUACGCAGUGAAGCAGAAACUAGUGGGGCAGCUGCAACUAACUCCAGUAACUGUAGCAGUGAAGCUUCUGUUACUAACGGUGUCACCCCAGAAAUGCUUUUCACGUCAGUCAUACAACGAGAACGGCCUGAUAUACAAUCUGAAAUGGCAAAUGAUGAAAGAAAGCGGAAAAGUCUCAGUGAAGCUGCAAGAGAAUACGAGGAAUCACGAGCUGUAAAAAGAAAGUAUGAAGAAGUAACUGUAAAAACUGGAGAAGAAGAAGAGAUUAACAUCCUCCAGAUAAAUUGUAAAUUAUUUGCAUUCAACAAAGACAAAUCCAACUGGGUGGAGAGGGGCAGAGGGACUCUUCGCUUGAAUGAUCUCUCGGUGGAGAACAGAACCCAGUCCCGGGUGGUGAUGAGGGUCUCGGGUAGUCUCAGAGUGGUCCUCAAUACUAAGAUAUGGGCUGAAAUGACUGUCGAUAGACCUAGUGAUAAGAGUGUGCGGUUAACGGCUCUGGACAGCAGUGGAGAAAUUAAGGUUUUCCUGGUCAUGGCAGGAGUGAAAGAAAUCGACCAACUAUUCAAGGCGUUGGACUGGCGAGUCAGCAACCAAAAAAAGUUGGCUGCUGCUUCUGAGAAGAGCACAGAAACAAAUGCCAGCUAACUGUUUACCAUAGAUUACUUAGAUGUUGGUUUUUUCCGACAUUGUGUCCUUAUACUAAGGACUUGUUAGCCAUAUUCUCUUGGCCUAUACUUAUGUUGAAAUUACAGAGAAAAAAUCCAUUAUUUGUAAAAAUACAUUUAUUUUUAUCGACAUUAACAGUGGUUUUACGUUUUAACCAUUGACUCGGUCAUAAGGCAGUUUUUAAGAAUUGCUAUGCAAGUCAGCGAAUAUAACAUAAUAUUUAUUUAAGUUGUACAAUAUUUCAAAUGGUUACUGAUUACGUUAUUCUUUUACCUGUAUGCUUAAUAGUAAAACUAUUUAUUAAAACCACAAAUCAUUGGCAUUUUUACCUUGUAUUCAUGGAAAAUUAAUUUAAGAAUAAACGAUUUAGAUAUUC